GUAAAAGAAGAAAGCAAUGCGGAAAUAAAGCAGCGUAAACAGGUCCAGCUGUGGGUCCGAGUCCAGUAUGGAGAGUCCGGAGCUGAGUUUUUCUCUGGCCUACAUCGUGUUCUGUCUCUGCUUCGUGUUCACUCCCACAGAGUUCCGGUCUGCGGGUCUCACUGUCCAGAACUUAUUCAGCUCCUGGCUCGGCAGUGAGGAUGUGGACUUCAUCUCCUACCACGUCCGCAGGACCAGCGUCACUGUGCUGGUCCACUCCGCCCUGCCUCUAGGUAAAGACUCACAAACAUUAACCACAGCUUUGAUGAAGGUUCAAUGCAGUUGUGUAGCAACAGUCAGCCCUAUGUUGAUCGACUGUAUUGAUCCUUUUUGGUGGGUUUUUCUCAAGGAAAUUUAAAAGUAUAAAAAAACACACUUAAUUUGAGAGAAGGCAAAAAAGCACACAGUGUCAGCAAAGUGAUAUUAAAAUGAGUAAAAUUAAGGUGACAGAAAGGGGGGAAAUCGGUGUAAAGAUUUAAAGCACUUUAGAGCUACUGGAGAGGCAGUUGUGUCCUACAGCACCAUGGCAACAAAACAAAAUGUAAUAAUCUACAGCCCAUAAUAUCAUUAAAAGACUGAAAGAAGGUCGAGAAGAUGUUUCAAAGUUCAUUAAAACUAGAAAGGACUCUGUCGUGGAAAUCAUUGCAUGGGCUCAAAAACCGUCAUCUGUGAACACAGUUCAUCACCACAUCCACAAAUGCAGGUAACAUGACAUUCUUUUUGGAAAUCAUGGACUGCAUCCUCUGCUUUAAAGAGCAAAUGGACCACCCGGCUUAUUCUUAGCUCUCAGAUCAAAUCCAGCAUCCCUGAUGGUAAAGGGAUCAUUGGUGUCCAUGUCAUGGUAUCUUUCACAUCUGUGAAGUUUCCAUUCUUAACAUUAUUAACAUACAUAUCAACAUACAGGUUUAGGAGCAAGAUCUGCUGCCAUCCAGACAAAGACUUUUUCAGGGAAGACCUUUACAUUUCAGCGAGACAAUGACAAACCACACUCUGACAACAUAUAUUACAACAGCAUGGCUCUGUAGGAGAAGAGUCUUGCUGAUAAACUGGCCCGCCUGCAGUCCUCCAUUUAAACCUUUGGGAGCAUUAAUUCUGUUUUUGUUAACCCUACGUCCUAACCUUUUUGAAAUCUUGGUUUUAAAGGAAAAUUGCAGUGUAAAAUUAACUUAGGGUCAAACACAUGUAACACCGAGUUAGACACCCCGUCGAGAGAUGAAUGUUGCUGACCGCUUGUUUCUCUAGUUAUACCAGAUUUGGUAACGACCGCACGAUAGCAAUACAUAGAGCCACGCGCUCAACCAAAAAGCCACUCUAUAGCCACAAAUAAUGCUCAGAACAGCACCUAACUUCAUCAACAGUACAGCCACAGUACUAGCCAUCAAACAUCUUUUUAGCUUUGCCUGAUUUCUUUAGCAAAGAGACUAAACACAACUUACCAUCUCACUUCCUGCAGCCGCUUGUUUGUACGGAGACCUCUUGGCGAGUCCAUCGACUACAGCGGGAUGACACAGCUCAAGGAAACUAAUUUAUGAUUAUUACCUCAAGGAAAUGCAAUCAGACCGAGAUGCCAAGGUAGAAGAACUACUGUGUCUGCAGUGCAAAAUGAUUAAUAUGAUGAUUAUUACUUAAAGAAAAUGAUGAAAUGACAAAGAAAUGUUCUUCCUUGAGCUGUGUCACCCCUGCUGCAGUGGAUGGACUCACCUGGAGGUCUCCGUACAAACAAGCGGCUGCUGGAACAGAGUGGGUGAGUUGUGUUUGGUCUCUGCCAAAGAAACCAGGCAAAGUUAAAAAGAUGUCUGAUGGCUAGUACUAUGGCUGGGACCCUAUAUGUACUGUUGAUGAAGUUAGGUGCGGUUCUGAGCAUUAUUUGUGGCUAUAGAGUGGCUUUUUGGUUGAGCGCUGUAUUGCUAUCAUGUGGUCGUUGCUAAAGUUGGUAUAACUAGAGAUGCAAGCGGUCAGCAACAUUCAUCUUUCGACGGGGUGUCUAACUCGGUGUUACGUGUGUUUGACCCUAACUUAAUUUUACACCGGGAUAUCCCUUUUAUUAACAGCUGUUUGACAUUUAACAUUUAAACCUGUUAGUUUCAGUGUUUUUUUAGGUGUGACCACUGUGAGUUGUCAGACAGAUGACACUGAGUCUGAUCUGAUCUUAUUGUGAAUAUAUUGCUCUUAUAUCAGGCCUAAUGUCCUUGUUCUCCUCUGCAGGUUACUACAUGGGCAUGUGUCUGGCUGCUCCUGAAAAAAACCUGACAUACUUCAACCAGGUCUACCUGUCAUUUACCCCCUUUCAUGCAUAAACAAUACCUAAUUACCUCUUUCACAACUUCUCAGCCCUCAAUCCCAAAAUAAUAGUCAGUCCAGGUAGGCCACAAAGUUAGGCUCAGGUCACAGCUGAUCAUAACUCCAAUUGACAGCUCCACUGAUUGCUUUGUCAAAAUGGUGAGUCUGCUCUAACCUGCAUUCUCUCUGCUACCUCUGCGAACCACUUUGCAACCUGCCCCCUUCCCAGCUCCUCUUUAUAUACUAUGUCUGAAUUUUGUGUCUUAUGGAUUGGCACUUAUGUCUGCCCAGUUCUGUACUCUGAAGGUCUUUGCUGCUGCUCUCCCUGCCUUGGCUUUUCAUGUACGCACAUAAAACAGGUGUAAGGAGGUUUACAUAGUACAAACACAAUAGCAAAAACACCAGACAAUAAGGAGAGCAGUAACUAGGACAGGGCAGAAAAACUCCACCCACUGUGAAUGACAUAACCGCCCCGCCUCUGACUUCACACGGAGUCACACGUGUAGGUCACCUGGAAAAGAGAAGAAAGUGUUUAGUGCAGCUUGUGUGGGAUUUUUCAGACUGUCAGAGUAAAGUGGAUUAUCUUUCAGACUGCAAAGUCUCUGAAAACCAAAAUAAAAAAUAUGUAUUUUUGCUUCCUUACUACCCCUGAUUGAACUGUGACUUUUUCAGUAAACAAACUUGAACCCCGCAGUUUGAGUUAAUAUCCUUGUUUCAAAUGAGAUAGUAAUGUAAAGACAAUAAUGACAUAAUACUUAUAAGUGGACAGACAGUGUUGAUACCAUUAUCCUGGUUCUUUAAAUAAAAACUGAAGACAGAUUAGACUGUGUUGACUCUGAGCUCAUCUAUUGAUCAUAAUUGAUCUGUCUUUCUGUCACAUUAUGUUUGUCUAGGUGAGUGAUGGCUGGAGGACGUUCCUGCUCAUCUCGCUUGCUCUUCAGCUGCUUGGCUGGGUGCUUGUCAUCUACUGGUCUCGCCGUAACUGGACCUACCACCCAAUCAGCCGGGCCCUGCAGGCCCAUGUCCGGCCCCCCCACUCCAAUUGGGGCUCUGUGGCCUCUAGCGUCAACACCGAGUUCAGGCGCAUCGACAAAUUUGCUACAGGAGCUCCAGGAGCCCGAGCGAUCAUUACUGACAGCUGGGUGCUGAAGGUGAGACAAACACACAACUCUCAGUUGUCACGGAGUUGGCAGACCCAAACUGCAGCAAAGGGGGUAGAUUCUUAAGAUGUUGUCUCUGGUUCAGGACACUUGUUGUAGCCCAUCUGGGUCCUAAUUCAGCUAAUGCUCAAGUCAGAGAACAAGUCUGAGUCAUCACUGCUGGAGUUCAAGAAGAGUCAGGACAGGAGUGGAGUCUGUGCCCUGGACUGGAGUGCUACAGUUCUGGUUUGCAUACAGCACUCUGUGAACAAUUAGCCUUUCUACUAAUGACCUUUUGACUGUCCGUGAGGAGAAUGUCAAAGAUGGUCCUCUGGACAACUGUCAAGUCGGCAGUUUGAAUCAUGAUUGUGGUUUCGUGUUCUGAAGUAGACCAGGUGAUCCAUGGUAUUUAUACUGUUUUAAUAAUGAGUUGAAAUAAAAUCUUCUCUAUGUUUGAGAAAAGUAUUUUGACAUCUUUGGAACUGUAGACCAUAAUUAUCAUGAUUGAAUUUUUCAGAAACAUAAAUAUCUGAUGGUAAAUAUUGAACUUAUCUUUUUUACUGUAUUCUAAUUUUUCUGAGUCGUGCCUGCACUUUGAUGACCUUCUUCCUCAUGGCACUGACACACCAGGGUGGCCGGGAUGCUAACAGAUGCCCCGCCCACUUUGGCCAUGUCACUUCUUGGCUUAAAUUAAAAAGUCUUUUCAAUUAAAGCAGUACUCCCAGCUAUAUGUAUUUUCUCUAUAUUUCUCCACCAUUUGCUUCUGGCCAUCAGUCACAUCCAGGAUACCAAAAGUCCCAGAAUGCUCCUCACACCAUGGAUGGAGGCAAAUUUUCAAACACAUAGAUGGACAGGUCUGGACUCUGAGGUAGAGUCUGCACUGAGGCUCUCCCUGGUCUCUUAUCUGAGGGACCAGAUAAGAUUUCACAUAAUUUUAUUGGAAAACUCAGAAACCCUGUAUGAACACAUCUGUGAAAAAUCUGAGCUGCUGUAGAGGUCUCUGAAUUAUGACACUGUGACCGUGUUCAUACUUACCUGUGUGUUUAUGUGUGUGUGUGUCAGGUGACCACCUAUCACGUGUACAUGGCCCUGCAGUCAGAGUGUCAUGUGACAGUCACAGAGUCCAGACAGCACCAGUUGAGUCCAGACUCCCCCUCACCCACACAGAUCCUCACCCUGAGAGUGGACAGCAUCAACCCUGCAGCCAGAGCCUUCUACAUCAGGUACACACUCCUCUCAUCUACCUUUGCCUGCCUCUACCUCUACCUCUACCUCAACCUACCUGUGUGUGUGUGUGUUAACUGACCCCUUCUUUCCUGCUUGUCAGUGUGAACUCCACAGAGUACUCUGAGCUCAGGGAGAAGCUCCACGCUCCCAUCAGGAGCUCUGCUAACGUGGUGAUCCAUCAGACCAUCAGUGAGCUCUUUCUGGACACAUUCAGGGCUCAGGUGGAGCUCAACCCCACCUACACACUGCCCAGUGGACAGGUAUGCUCACUACUCCUUCUGUGUGUGUGUGUGUGUGUGUCUAUGACCACCUCUGUAACAUACAGAACAAGUUUCCUUAAACAUAGUUUUAAAUCGGGUGUCUGUGUGUGUGUGUUCAGGAUCUGGAGCCCUGUAUUGGCUGUAUGCAGGUUCUUGCUAACAGCAAGCUGGUCACACUCUGCCACUCUGAAGGUAACACUUGGGUGUAUUAGCUAUAAUGGAUGUCAGUCAGCUCCACCUCUAGAAACUGCAUCCAUUGUGACUAGAACACCUACUAAUAACAUACAACCGCAAUUCAAAACAUAGAAAUAUCCCUUUAAGUGUGCCACUAUGUGUUUGUGUGAAAGUAUGUACUUGUGUGUAACUGUGUGUUUGUUUGUGUGUGUGUGUGUGUGUUUCAGACUCAGACUCGGACUGUCAGCAGUGUUUCUGCAGACCCAUGUGGUGUCUUUCCUGUCUGGGUCGGUGGUUUGCGAGUCGUCAGGACCAGCAGAGACCUGAGACUUGGCUGUCCAGUCGAGUCCCAUGUCCCACCUGCAGAGCUCGGUUCUGCAUCCUGGAUGUGUGUGUGGUGACACGCUGACACGCUUGAGAAGGAGGAGGAGGAGGAGGAGGAGGACUAUUUGAACCCGGUACAGAUGGCUGUCAGUCAUACAGAUAGACAGUCAGGAGUUUAUGAUGAAGCAGCUUUCACUCAGAGUUUCUUCAGAUUAUUUUUACUCAUGUAUCCACACUCAAAACUCAUAUCGGAUUAAAUUACACUCUCCUUAAACAAACGAGAUGGUCUCCUCUUCAUCAGAUAUGAACUUGACUCUGCAGCGACCUUCCUUAAAUUAAAAGAUGUUUUUUUUUUCUCUUUAUUUUCUGAAGAUGGAUUUUUGGGCUAUUUUUACCUUUGUAAGACAGGACAGGUGAAGAGAGAAAGGAAAUGAUAGAAGGAGAGAGUGGAGCGUGAUGAGCAACUGACCUCAAACCAAUACCAAUGCCAUAAGGACAUGCCAUAAACACUUUACUACUGAGCUAAACCAACACCUCUGUUUUUCUUUGAUCUUAAUGAAGAGCAUCCUGAUGUGCAAAAAGAAGUGACAGAGGGAUCAUCAGGAUCACUGACUGAACAUAAAUAUGGACACUUCCAUUUCCUCCCAUUGUGAAAAAAACUGGCGCAGUGGAUGCCGGCAUAUUUUGCACAUGAUGCGUUAUGAGGCCAGGACAUGCAGAAGUGAUCUGAUCGGUGGAGUCGUGGUAUUUCUGCUGUUCUCUUCCUCUAACCAGACAGACAAUAAAGCUUUAAAGCCCAGGUGGGUCCAGUCUUCAGCAGAACAGAACCUGAGAGGGUUUGGAGCAGACGCUCACAGUUAUUAAAAGUUCAAUGACUCUUGUGAUGAUUCUGUCACUUUAACUCUAGAGGAAGGAAAAAGAAAGUCAGCUGAAUUGUUUUGUUGAAAUAUUUUUUCAUUUAGGAACUUUAAUUUGACUUUCAAAUCAGCAAUGAACAUGCGCAUCACCUGAAAAUUAAAGUCUGCAAACUGGG